UUGUGUAUAAAUACCUGCACCUGAUACCUGCAUGUCACACCUGUGCACAAUUGUCUGAUGAUCUUCUGGCGACCAAACACAAAGACAAGAAUGCAGACCACAACAGUAACUCUCCUGGUCAUUACUGCAGUCCUCUGGGGCAACAUAGAAGCUUUUUCAGACACAGCUGCGGAUUGUUGUCUGACAACCAAGGACACUCGCAUUCCAAUACAGAUAGUUGCAUCCUACUUUCAACAAACCACAGAGAGUGGCUGUCCCAUUCCAGCUACUGUAUUCAUCACAAAAAAAGACAAGAAACUGUGCGCUCCACCUGAGAAAAACUCCUGGAUUACCAGGAUCAUCACACACUUAGACAAGAAGAAAAAAGAUCCUCAGUAGGAACACAGAUGGGAGGCGUACAUGUUAACACUCUUAACUGCACUGAGCAACACUGAAGACAGGAAAUGACUACACUUGAUCAUUAACUGCCACAGUGAUUUUUAAAAGACAUUUACAAAGUAAUUUUGUAGUGAUUGAGAUGUUGGUAGUGCUUUGUGGUUGAUAUUUGU